AUGUCUCAGCAACAGGACGCCCAAGCCCAAGCCAGCAACGUGGCCGACCGGGAGAUCGUGCUGAUUGCCGAUGAUGAUGACGAUGAUGCUGCAUCGGCAAUUCAAUCGAGCGUGGCAUCAUCGAGUGUCAGCUUGAACAGCUCCAUUCUUGACCACCGAUUCGAGAACGGGAGAACGUAUCAUAAGUACAAGGAGGGCAAGUACAUAUUACCGAACGAUGAGACAGAGAAUGAUCGGCUCGACCUACAACAUCAUUUAUUUCGUCUCACCUUUAAUGGAAGACUGGCCAACGCCCCUCCUAGUGAUGAAGGUGCCCAGGUUGGCCGAGUACUAGAUCUAGGGACUGGCACUGGGAUUUGGGCCCUUGAGUUCGGCGACGAACAUCCAGAAGCUGAGAUUCUCGGGGUCGAUCUUUCUCCCACACAACCAGACUUCGUGGCACCCAACGUCAAGUUCAAGAUCGACGACAUUGAGGAGCCAUGGACCUACUCCAAGAAGUUCGAUUAUAUACAUAGCCGACUUCUGAAUUUGUCUAUCGGUAACUGGGAAGUAUAUGUGAAGCAGUGCUUCGAUAAUCUCAACCCGGGCGGAUAUGUCGAGUUCAACGAAUGCGACGUAUAUCCCAUGUCAAAUGACGGAAGUCUCAAGUCAAACUCAGCAAUCUUGCAGUCGUGCAAGCUUCUACAGGAAGCUACUGAACAGACAUACGGACGACCACUCAAGCUCAUGAGAGAUUUGAAAAUCACUUUCAUCGAAGCAGGCUUUGUUGAUGUCCAGGCUCUCCAGUUCAAAUGGCCAACCAACCCCUGGCCUAAGGACCCCAGAUUUAAGGAACUUGCGACCUGGAUGAGUGAGAACCUAUUAACGGGUUGGGAGUUGAUUUGCCUGGCGCACCUAGCUAGAGGUCUCAGUUAG